UGUCUCUCUCCUGGCUCCUUGCUACCCUGUGUCGCCGGAUCAAUACGGCGAGGCUGUUUGAUAUAAAAUGGCAGAGUGCCUAUACUUAUUGACAAGUCUCAAUGGUUUGCUUGGCGGUAAAGGAGAGAAAAUUCAAUAGUGACAAAUAGAUGUGUUAAACUUGUGCCGGUUAUAAGCAUUCUCAAUUUAACGGUAUUAAAGAAAAAAAUAGCGACACAAUAUCACAGGACAUUACAAAACCUUGUUUAUCGUGAUCGACAAGUCAAGAAUGGAUUCGUUCCAUCAAAAUUCAACAAAUUUUACCAGUGCCAAUAAUGAAACAUAUCAUUCAAUAUACUCCGAGGAACUGGCAAAAAUCGAAAUCAUAGUGCAGGCCGUCAUACUCUACCUGGCCAUUUUUGGAAAUGCGGCCGUUCUUGUUGUGUUCCGUUGGAAAUUAAAACGACUGAGUCGAAUGCAAUGGUUCAUUGUUCAUCUCUGCAUAGCUGACCUUUUUGUUGCAUUCUUCAACAUACUCCCUCAGCUGGUAUGGGAUAUCACACGUAGUUUUGAGGGAAAUAAUUUUCUUUGUAAAAUAAUGAAAUAUUUUCAGAUUGUGGCCAUGUAUGCCUCGACCUAUGUAUUGGUGGUGACAGCACUGGACAGGUAUAUCAGCAUAUGUCACCCACUGACCAGCCACACCUGGACGAAGCGCCGGGCCAACGUCAUGGUCCUCGUGGCCUGGGUCUUGUCCCUAUUGUUCUCCACCCCCCAGUUGAUAUUGUUUUCUUAUAUGGAGAGAAAUGGAGAAUAUAACUGCUUGGAAAGCAUGAAUGAUGUAGAACUGAAGACCUACGUCACGUGGAUCUUUUUGUCGGUGUACUUCAUACCUUUCCUGGUCCUCACAUUUGCUUAUUCGAGAAUCUGCUAUGUGGUUUUUAUUAGUGUUUCAUCAAAGGAACAGGUGCGAGUCUCUUUUAACACAAAGUCCACCGUCUGUCACAAAAAGGGGGAUUUGUUGACAAACCCCCGCGCUCAUACCCGCUGUGCUUCAAAAUCCAAGAAAAAGACCAUCUACUUGACUUUGACUGUGGUGCUCUGCUUUUUAGUUUGCUGGGGACCUUUCUUUGUCGCUCAAAUGUGGUCAGCCUAUGACUACACAGCACCAUUUACCAGUGCAUCAUUUACCAUCAUCUUGCUUCUGGCCAGUCUGAACAGCUGUACCAACCCCUGGAUCUACCUGGCUUUCAGUGGCACUAUGUGCUGCAACAAGAGACGCCCUAAGUCACCCUACCCCCAGUACUCAUUGGCGGGGACCAACCAGACCUUUGUCGAGUCCGAUUCAUGCAGCACCAGGGGCUCCAAGAACUUCGAGACCAAACAAAUGGUCACCAUGCCAGUGGCAGACAAAGCUUCAUAAAAAUCCCAUAUUUGUAUCUAUUUAUUUGUUACAGUACAAAAGUCAUUGAUAUAUUAUAUAUUGUUCGAUGAAUUUGAAAGUGUAUUCAUCCCGAUGAACUACUUAAAUGUUGGUUUACAAUGAAAUAAAACAGAAAAAGAAAUUGCGGACGGAUGCUAUUUGCAAGUUUUUACUAUUAUUUCCAGAAAUAAAAUGUUUGAUUGAAAUCUUUUGGGAAGGAAACUUCCAAUCUAAAGGCAAUUUAAAUCCCACUGGAAUAAUUGUGUUCCCCGUUUUUUGUUUAAC